GUCGGGUCAGGAUUGCCAGGUCUAGGUUACUCUAUUAGGGUUUAAUUUAGCAGUUACUUGAGGGGUUCGGUUAGCUGUUACUCAGCCGUCAUGGGUUACUUGAGGUGUUCGGUUAGGGAUUAAUCUGUCAUGGGUUAUUCUAGGAGUUACUCGGUCAUGGGUUACUCGGUCAUGAGUUAUAAAACCUAUUAUGAGUUACACUAUGCUUUCUGCGUAUUUUGUUUUAUCUGUAUAUUUUCUGGAAGACUUGUAAAACCAAAUAUCAACAGUCUUGACUCUUCUUUAUCAGUACGAGUAAAUGUAAACUUGGUGGGCAAGGACUUACCCCGAAUUAGACUAGGAUUCGGAAACCUUAUUAAUUUUAUCUAUAAAUUCAAAGCUUUCUCGCCAUAUUCUCUCAUAGUUGAAACAAUAACAAUUCCUCUCUCUAUAAUUUUCUCAACUCUUUCGAUCUUUUCACCUCUUAACCUAAUUAGCAAUGGCAGCAUCAACCUCUUCUUCAUCUUCGUACAAGAAGGUAAUCCUAAGGAGUUCCGAUAAAGAGACUUUCGACGUCGAUGAAAAGGCAGCAAUGCUUUCUCAAACCAUCAAGAACAUGAUCGAGGACCUCGACGACAGCACCGAUCCCAUCCCGCUUCCUAAUGUCACCGCUAAAACUCUCGCUAAGGUUAUCGAGUAUUGUAACAAACAUGCUAAUGAUGAUGAUAACUCCGAUCCCAUACCACAACCUAAUGAUGAACUCAAGCAGUGGGAUAAGGACUUCCUCAAUGUCGACCAAAACACCCUCUUUGAUCUCAUUCUUGCUGCAAACUACAUGGAUAUCAAGGGAUUGCUUGAUUUAACUUGCCAACAUGUUGCCGAUAUGAUUAAAGGAAAAGCACCUGAAGAGAUAAGGAAGACAUUCAACAUCGUGAAUGAUUUUACACCGGAAGAAGAGGAAGAAGUUCGAAGGGAGAAUCAAUGGGCAUUCGAGUGAUAGAAUGAAAAUUACUAAGAGUAUCAUUAUGUUUCGUUACAAUCUUUUUAUUUCAAACUAUGUUUUAAUUAGUUUAAUUCUUUGUUAAGUAUUGUUUAGUAAACUAUAUACAUUGCAUUACUUUUAUGAAAUAAAAAUUUAUUCUUUGAGCUUUUAGUUUAUUUGCUAUCUAAAAAAUCAAAAGUUAAACAACAAGAAACUAAG